AUGGCUCCCAAGGUUGCAAUUGUCUACUACUCGAUGUACGGCCACAUCAAGACCCUGGCCGAGGCUGAGAAGAAGGGCAUUGAGUCUGCCGGUGGUUCCGCCGAUGUCUUCCAGAUCGCCGAGACCCUCAGCGAGGAGGUUCUGGCCAAGAUGCACGCCCCUGCUAAGCCCAAUGACCCCAUCAUUGAGGCCACCGACCUCCAAGCCUACGAUGCCGUCCUGUUCGGUAUCCCCACCCGUUACGGUAACUUCCCUGCUCAGUGGAAGACCUUCUGGGACAAGACUGGCGGCAUCUGGGCCUCCGGUGGCUUCUGGGGCAAGUAUGCCGGUCUGUUCGUCUCUACUGGCACCCAGGGUGGUGGCCAGGAGUCCACUGCCCUUGCUUCCAUGAGUACUCUGGCUCACCAUGGUUUUAUUUAUGUCCCUCUUGGGUAUAAGACUGUGUUCCCCUUGCUCGCAAACCUUGAAGAAGUCCAUGGCGGUAGUGCCUGGGGUGCCGGUACCUUUGCUGGUGCCGACGGCUCUCGUCAGCCCACAGCCCUUGAGCUCCAGCUUGCUGAGGCCCAGGGUAAGGCCUUUUAUGAACACGUCUCCAGGGUCCAGUGA